AUGGAGAGGGAACAUGUCAUAAACACGACACCGCCGUCGUCACAGCAGGCGGAUAACAUUACACCACCAGCGCCGACGGCAAGAAGAAGAUAUCAGAGAGAAAUAGAAAACAGAAGCUUUCAAAAAUCUCCAGGAGGAAAGAAACAUGUGGUUGUAGUCAAGGAGGUGGAGGAGGGGUUCAUCAAUCCGUGGAGAGAAAUGAGAUCGACAGUGGCAAUGGGAUGGAGAAGGGAGAUGAAAAUGCCGCGUGUAUAA